CAGGCGACCGAUUGGUGGUUAAAUGACAUGUACCUGUCUGUGCCUCUGGCUUUACCAAUUAAUAGCAAUCCUGGCCUCGCAGCAAGACCCAAAGCGUUUAGCAAUCAAAAGGAAGCUGCUGUGUUCCUCGCCAGAUUUUUAACAGAGCUGCUUAACUAUCAAGAAGUAUUAGAUAGAUCCGGUUUGGAUAUUGAACAGGUGAAGUCGAAAGAUGGAAAGACUAUGCAACCUCUGUGUAUGGCCCAGCAUUAUCAAAUGUAUCGGAUAUAUCGACGACCAGGAACGAACGGGGACGAACAAGUUAUUCUUGACAGAACUGUAUCGGGGAAUCAUAUCAUAGUUGCUCAUCACAAUCAGUUUUAUAGCGUGCCCGUUAGGGCUCCCGAUCGAGGUCGCAUAACCGAGGACGAACUGGUUCAACAGAUUUUAAAAAUCAUGGGAACUAAAGCUGAUCCUAGAACUCCGCCGGUUGGUAUCCUAACGACGAUGAAGAGACCAGCGUGGGCAAAGGCGAGAGAAGAAUUACUCAAACGUGCGUACGAUUGUGAUUUUCCAGCUUAUCAGUACUAUUCUCUAAUCUCGGUUUCUUUAAUCGUUGUUACUAAAAGAAAAAAAAAAGUGAUAUUGAAUAAUGUCGACCCGAUUGAUUUAUAUGUUCCAUGUCAGUGAAAAAGUGAUAUUGAA